CGCAUACAUUUCCACAUUUAUUCGUUCGCUCAGCUUCGCUUCAUCAACUCCGUCGAAAUCGAACCUCCUCUGCGCCGUACACAAUGGACCUCCGGCAAUCGAUCGGAAACCAAACCGACGUCUCACUGACCCUCGCAAAGCACGUACUGACCCACGAGGCCAAAGACUCCAACGUGGUGUUCUCGCCCCUGUCGAUUCAUGUGGUCUUAAGCUUGAUAGCUGCUGGUUCCCAAGGUCCUACACUGGAGCAAUUACUAUCUUUCCUCAAGUCGAAAGCCACUUAUGAACUCAAUUCGCUUGCUUCUGAGCUCGUUGCUAUCGUAUUCGCCGACGGAAGCCCAGUCGGUGGACCCAAACUGUCGUUUGCUAAUGGUGUGUGGAUCGAUCAGUCUCUCUCUUUCAAGCCUUCUUUCAAACAGGUUGUGGACAAUCUUUAUAAGGCGGUUUCCAGUCAAGUUGAUUUUCAGACCAAGGCUGUCGAGGUGACCAACGAAGUUAAUUCAUGGGCUGAAAAAGAAACCAGUGGCCUUAUCAAAGAAAUUCUUCCCUCGGGUGCCGUUGACAGCUCAACCAGGCUCAUCUUUGCAAAUGCACUCUAUUUCAAAGGAGCCUGGACUCAGAAGUUUGAUGCAUCACGUACAACAGACCAUGAGUUUCACCUUCCCAAUGGGAGUUCAGUUCAAGUACCCUUCAUGACAAGCAAGAAGAAGCAAUAUGUUAGUGCCUUUGAUGGGUUCAAGGUCAUGGGGCUUUCUUAUAAACAAGGUGAGGAUAAGCGGCAUUUCACCAUGUACUUUUUUCUCCCAGAUGCAAAUGAUGGACUGCCAGCUUUGGUUGAGAAGAUCAGUUCCGAAUCUGGAUUCAUAGAUCGUCACCUCCCAUUCAAACAAGUAGAAGUGGGCUCCUUCCUGGUCCCAAAAUUUAAGAUUUCUUUUGGAUUUGAAGCUUCUGAAGUUCUGAAGGAAAUGGGUCUAGUGUUACCGUUCUCUGGUGAUGGUCUCACCGAGAUGGUGGAUUCUGCAGUGGGUCGGAACUUGUAUGUUUCAAGCAUUUUCCACAAGUCAUUCAUUGAAGUUAAUGAGGAAGGCACAGAAGCUGCAGCUGCUUCUGCGGCUUUAAUACAGCUGAGAUCUUUGAUGGUUACUGAAAGUAUAGACUUCGUAGCUGAUCACCCAUUCCUCUUCCUCAUCAGAGAAGACAUGACCGGAGUGGUGCCGUUUGUUGGGCAUGUGCGUAAUCCACUUGCAGGUUGAUUAAACCCUGCUGGACUAGAAUAAAAUGAGUAUGUAGAUGAUCUUCUGGUUGUAGCAUCUGAUCUUCCUUCGAUGUUAGUUCUGGUUGUUACAUUGUUUUCAUUUUUCGUUUGUUACUUUGUGGCUUUCAUGUGUUGUAUCGUCUUUAUAAUUUUGUAUUCUAUCAACAAUUUACACAAUUUUAUCACUUUCUACCU